AUGGCGACGACACACAACGCCAACGGCGCGCUGGGAAAGACACACACGGCGGACAUGCAAGCGCAAAAGCCACCGACUGCGCCCAAGAGGCGGAAGAUGCAGGCAAAGAAGGUCGAGGAUGAGGGGCUCAUGGCCUCGCUGUGCACCCUCAUCUGCGACCACCAGAUUGGCAUCUCCGUCAAUCUCCUCACCCUCCUCGUCCUCACCCACACAUUCUUUCCCCGCGCCCGAAGCCGGACCAACAAGUUCUUCCACAUGUCGUACUACAACCCCGACACCAACAUGUACGGCUGUGGCACCGACGAUCUGCCCUUUGUCCUACUGUGGACCGUCAUCUUCACUGGUGUACGCGUCGCAGUCAUGGAAUACUUGCUCGACCCGCUGGCAAGGCUGGGCGGCAUCAGGACAAAGAAGGGCCUGGACAGGUUCAAGGAGCAGGCCUGGUUGAUUGUUUACUACACCGCGUCGUGGUCCUUGGGAAUGUACAUCAUGUACCACUCCGAGUUCUGGCUAGACUUGCACGGCAUCUGGGAAGGCUGGCCUUUCCGUGAGGCUGACGGCCUUUUCAAGUGGUACUACCUUGUCCAAUGGGGUUUCUGGGUCCAGCAGCUUCUUGUCGUCAACAUUGAGGAGAAGCGCAAGGACUACGCGCAGAUGUUCACCCACCACAUCUUCACCACCGCGCUGAUGUGCUUGUCCUACGGCUACUUCCACAUGCGCGUCGGUAUCGUCAUUCUGACCAUCAUGGACUUUGUCGACAUCAUCCUGCCGACUGCGAAACUCCUCAAGUAUAUGGGCUACUCGAAUGCCUGCGACUACGCGUUCGGUCUCUUCGUCAUCGCCUGGGUCGUUACGCGUCACAUUCUCUACAUGAUGGUCUGCUGGUCUAUCUACGCCUACGCCCCCGUCGACAUGGCACCCGGCUGCUACCUCGCCGACUCCACCUCGAAGUACACCUCCUUCGUCCCCGCAUCCAACACCUCACAAUUCGAAGCAUACGGCGGUAACAACCACUGGGGCAACCUACUCAAGGCGUACAACGACCGCAACGGACCCAUUUGCUGGAACCCGCAAAUCCGAUACUACUUCCUCGCGCUCCUCCUCACCCUCCAAGUCUUCUGCUGCAUCUGGUUCGCCACCAUUGCAAAGAUCGUCUACAAAGUGCUCAUGGGCAACGCAGCCGAGGAUCUGCGCUCAGAUGACGAGGGCGAGGACGAGGAGGUCGAGCAGGAACAGACCAAGACCAUCUUUAACAUGGCAACCACCUGCGGCGAGAGCGGAAUGAGCUCCAUGACGCCCAAGGAAGAGGAAGUCGGCGUCGAUGCCCUCACCUUUGCGCGUCUCAACGGCGCCAGCCAGCGCCGACAAGCAAAGAGGGAAAGCUCGCGCGCAAGUGGGAUUAGUAUUCCCGGCCAUGGCGAUCGCAAGGAGCUACUCGGUCGCAUUGGUUGUGAUAAGCCUUCGUAG